UAACAUGAGUAAAAAUUCUAUCGUAACUAUUAAUGAUGAAAUUACAAAAAAUGCUCUUGAUGAAAAAAAUACAAAUAAUUCGCCUGAAUUUAUUAUUCAGGAACUUCUAAAGUUUGACAAUCAACGUCUAAACAAAGUGAUUGUUUCUACAGUUAUCAUGAA